AUGGUUGGUGCUCGACCUUACAAGGCUCCCUGCGUUUCGGGUUCGAAGAUGUCUAAAUUUGACAAUGAUUUAUUGAUCGAUCCCUCUGAAUAUCACCAUAUUGUCGAGGCCCUACAGUAUGUUACCAUUACACAUCCUGAUAUUGUAUAUUCCGUCAAUCAGUUAUAUCAACAUAUGCAAGCUCCCACUAGCACCCAUUGGACUUUGGCUAAAAGAGUCAUUCGUUACUUAAAGCAUACUAUCGAUUUUGGUCUUCAUUAUAAACCAAGCACUAUUGCCUUACAUGCCUUUUGUGAUGCAAAUUGGGCGGGUAAGCCAGAUGAUAGGCAUUCUUCUAGUGGCUAUGGCACCUAUCUUGGACAAUGUUUGGUUUCUUGGUCUUCUAAGAAACAACUUGUUGUUUCUCGAUCCAGUACCGAAGCGAAGUAUCGAACCUUGGCCUUAACAACAACUGAAGUAUAUUAG